AUGGGUUUCUCUCGGUAUCUUGCCACUGGCGCACUGCUAUGCUCGGCCCUUACUCCUCACGCCAAUGCGGUCGAUGUUGACGUCCCCGUUUCUGCUCUGACCUCUGAGGUUGAGUCCGACUGGACCUCCGUUUACUACGGCAGGACUCCGCUCCUGUUGGGCAAUGAUGGUAGUGCUGCGAGCGGCGGUUGGCUGGCAUGGGACAUCAAUUCGACAACACCACUGAGCCAGGUUCAUGUCGAGACGCCAGGCCGGAGAACCAAGCUCGUGACGACUAUUCAUAGGCAGACCGGUGCCAAGACACCGGCUGGUCUGGUCGUCAGCAUUGGGCAACCAGACUCGGUCCUUCGGGCUUGGGAGCUGCCCGGGUUUGAAGAGGCGAAGUCGGCCCAAACGACAGUUUUGGGGGAUUGGUCGGCACUUUGCUCGUGGAAAAGCCCGGGUGGUAACGACUAUGUCUACCUUUUCGGCAAGAGGGAGGCUAAAGUGUUCUUGGUGCGGGCGAACGAUGAAAAUGGGGGUGAUAUCCAAUUUUCAGAGAUCCAAACCUUCGCUUUCCCCGUCGAAGCCUCAGGCUGCGCCACCUCGCCUUCGUUAAAGAAAAUGUUCAUCUCUGCGGAUGACGACAAAGAUGUCUACGUUUUUGACCUCGUUGAGUCGGUAACAGCUCCUGAGGUCACCAAGGCUGGCGAGGCUGACGACGACACCACUGGCGUGGCCGUGUAUGUUUCCGGCACGCCUGAGCUGGACUAUCUCUUCGUAGCCAUGAAAGACACGGUUGCCGUCUAUGAACCCUCGUUCAAGCUAGUCGGUAACCUCAAGUUGACUGGCUACGAAGACAUUGAAGCCCAGGGGCUCGCCAUCCACCAAACCGCCACGUCCCAGUACCCCAGCGGGGUUCUUGCGUACGCCAUUGAGGCGGAAGACGUGGCCGGCUUCGGGUUGAGCUCCCUGGACGGCGCCAUCCAAACCCUCGGCUUGAAGGUCAACACCAAGUAUGACCCUGCCGUGGGGUGCAAGAAGCAGUGUCCGAUUUGCAGCGCGUGCUCUGGGAACGGGUAUUGCGCUCAAAAUGGAAAAGGCAUCGAGUGCUCCUGCUUCGCGGGAUGGGAAAGCAAGAUAUGCAACGCAUACACCUGCGACGAGAACUGCUCCGGCAACGGAAAGUGUGUUGGGUCGAACCAAUGCCGGUGUGACAAUGGCUGGGGCGGCCUUCACUGCUCUUUUCUGGUUGUCGAGCCGGUCACAGAGACCGAGGCCAAUGGAGGUGACGGGGAUGAUCCGGCCAUCUGGAUAUCGCCCACUGAUCGCGACGAAUCACGCAUUAUCACAACUACCAAGUCAGAGCAGGGAGCGGGCCUUGGCGUGUUUGACCUUUCCGGCAAGCGUCUUCAGACCCUUCCCGCUGGGGAGCCGAAUAAUGUCGAUGUGAUCUACAAUUUCCAAGCCGGCUCCCGGACGGUCGAUCUAGCUUACGCCGCGUGUCGUGCGGACAACACCCUCUGCCUCUUCGAAAUCACCCCCAACGGCACCCUCGCCAAUAUUCCCGGCGGCAUUCAACCCACCCAACCAGAUUACAAAGUCUACGGCUCAUGCACCUACCGUUCGCACAAGACGGGCAAACAAUACCUCUUCGUCAACGCCAAAUCCGCCGAAUACCUCCAAUACGAACUCUCCUCCACUUCCAACGGCACACUCACCACCACCCUCAUCCGUUCCUUCACCGCCGGCUCCGGCGGGCAAGUCGAAGGGUGCGUCGCAGACGAGGAAAACGGUGUGGUUUUCAUCGGCGAGGAACCCCAUGCGCUCUGGCGGUAUGAUGCCGAACCUGACGCCGGGAGCAGUCCGGAAGGUGUUGCGAUCGCCACGGUCGGGGACGGGCAUCUACGCGCCGAUGUUGAGGGUGUUACGCUCGUGGUUGGGCAUACACCCGACGAAGGGUUCAUCCUCGUUUCGAACCAGGGUGUGAGUGCGUACAAUGUUUAUCGACGCCAGGCGCCGCAUGAUUUUGUUCUUACAUUUACGAUUGGGAAGGGCGAAGGUCUGGAUGGGGAGGAGGUGGAUGCUGUGAGCAACACGGAUGGAAUUGCGGCUGUUGGAACGGGGCUUGGGGAGAGGUUUCCGCGUGGGUUGAUUGUGGUGCAUGAUGAUUCAAAUCAGUUGCCGGGGGGUAAGGGGACGAGUGAGGAGGCGAGCUUUAAGCUUGUUCCGUUGGAGAGCGUGUUGGGGGCGGACGUUGUGAAGGAACUGGGGUUGUUGGAGGAGGUGGAUGAGGAGUGGGAUCCACGAGUUUGA